UGGCUUCUGAUUGGCUGGCGGUGAGUAUUUACGGAAGUAGGUAAAGCUAACAGGAGCUACACGGAUGUUUUUCGUCUUUUCCUCGUUAAUAUGCUAAUAUGCAGACAGACGAGCGUGUCACCUGUCUUAGAAAUGAUUUGUUGAAGUCUUGCGGGACGUUUAAUGUUCUUGUCGGCGUGACAGGAAGCGUAGCAGCCUUGAAACUGCCUCUUUUGGUCUCACAGCUUCUUCCGCUCCCUGGGGUGGAUGUAAGAGUGGUCACCACAGAGCAUGCCAAGCACUUCUACAAUCCUGCAGAGGUUUCAGUAAAAGUCUACAGUGACAGUGAUGAAUGGGAGCUGUGGACUCAGAGAUCUGACCCUGUGCUACACAUUGAGCUAAGGCGCUGGGCGGACCUUUUUGUUAUUGCCCCCCUUGAUGCCAACACUCUUGGAAAGAUUGCCAGUGGCAUUUGUGACAAUCUGCUGACAUGUGUGGUAAGAGCCUGGGAUAUCAGUAGUCCUCUCCUCUUCUGCCCUGCAAUGAACACGGCUAUGUGGCAGCAUCCAAUUACAGCCCAGCAGGUUUCCAGGUUGACAGAGUUUGGAUAUGUGGAAAUUCCCUGCAUUGCAAAGAAGCUAGUGUGUGGAGAUGAAGGUAAAGGAGCCAUGGCAGAGGUAUCAACUAUUGUCGGCGUCAUUAAACAGUACAUUCAGAAACCAGAUGAGUCAUCUCAGAAAACAUACACAUGACAUAUUGUACAUUCAGCUGACAAGCACACAAACAAAUAUAAAAUAAACUCAGUGACUUGUCUUCAAAAGGAAUGUGUAUCCAAGCUCUGCGCACACAUAAUGGACUCACACAGUUGCUUUCAUCUCUAUUAACCCUUCUUGUUGGGAUUGCAUGGGUGUUCACCAACCGUCAAUGGCUGGCAUAUCACUGACUCACCCUGAGUUUGGCUGCAGGGCAACAUGCACCUUUACCCCCUCUAAUUAGUACAUGGACUUUGGUGAGAUCAUGCAAUUUCUAGCGUAACUCAACCCCAAUGAAACCUCUGCAGCCUGAUCAGCCAGGGCAACAGAAAAGACUUGUGUGGGGGUGUCACAUAAGCUGUCACUGUCCGUUAUGAACACGGUUUGGUGCUUGUUUUUACAUGUAUCAUCCAAUCAUCAUUACAUAAAACCGACAUGACUGAUGGCUUGUUGGAGAGAGAAUGCUGCCGAUCUAGUUAUUUAAGCCUCUCCUCUUUUCUGCAGCGACGCAUAAUCCCCUAAUUACAUUGGAAUGUGUUUUAGUAUAUAUCUUAUAUUUCCAAAGCAGCAUUUAAUCAGUGACAUGUCAUCAAGCUUAUGGAUAAGCUGAAAAAUGCAUUUCAGUCAUUGACAGUCGUCCGUCCACACUGCCACCCACACUGAUGUCAGGUGUGGCCAUCUUACUGUGUUUUGUGAAUUUACUGUAUAAGUGCAUAAUAGCAAAUUAAUUGAGGGUCAGAUGUUCUACCUGCUUAAAAAAAGUUGAUGUGAAUUUCUGGGCUGUUGACACGCUAUUGUGUCUCUGACAACAGAAAUGGAAAAACGCUGUCAUUGUCAAAGGUGAAAGAAAUGUGGAUUAAAAACAAUGUUUCAGCUGUU